UGGGUGUUUUUUUUUGGUUACGACGCGCAAUAUUUUCCCACCUUUUGAUGCAAAUAGUCUGUGCUUCAAAUAAACCUUUGAUUUGAAAAUGUUCAUGCACAACAAAAACAAUCAUGGCCAUGGCCGAGGAUGAUGAUCUGAUUGUGAAUGCAGUCCUUCUCUCAUUGUUCCCAUCCAUCGCUCGACUGAAAGAUUACUUGGCUCAGAGCCUUGACGACUGCCCAACAUUAAUUCAAGACAACGAUCCAACAGAAUACAAAGACUUGCUACAUAAUACCCUGGUAGCCAAUAAUCAUAGUAGUCAUAGUCAUGCCCAAAUCCUUGUCCCAGGCGCAGUAGCAAAUGAUUCCCUCCUGCCGCCUUUCCCCAGGAACAGCCCAUUAGGGACCAUAGGAAAUCAUAACGAGAUUGUUGAUCUGGCAAUAGAGCAAACGUGUCCCAAGACAAGAAGUUGGUUCAAUGGCAUGACUAAUAUCCUUGCUAUUGGAUACACAAAUUCGAGGCAGACGCAAUUCCAACAAGCAAAAAAUUACUUUCCAAACACUCUUGAAGCGUUUGUAAGAUCGCCACAAUGGGAGGUCCUUCUAUCAAGGUAAUAUUUACUUUCCUUCAUAAUACUGUCGUCAUGCUCCAUCGCGAUCUUAUACCUGAUUGAUCUCUCAUCUCAAUAAGGAGCGGUUUUUGUGUAUCCUUUAUUCUUCUCGGGGCCAUUCGGGACAUCUUGACGAUCUGGCAUAUGUUUCUUAAACAGGAUCGGAGACGCUGCAAUGCUGUAUCUUUUGGUCAAUACAUCCAUGUUU